GUUGACAGAUAAUUCCAUUCUAUUUUUAAAUAAUUAUAAAGAAUAGUUUAAAACUAUUUCAAAUGGUUACCAAAGAGUUUUAAUAUAAAGUUUAAAUAAAUAGAUGGUUUUAUGACUGGGGUUGCAAACGGGUUGAAUGAACUUUAACCAUAAAGAAUUCGGAAUGGCUGCCACAAUGGUUGAGACCCCACCUCCUCAGCUGAUUACUACUAUAGAAUGGAGUAUGAUGGAUAAAACUAAGUUUUUUCCAUUAUAUACUCUAAGCAGUUUUACAGUAAGAUGCGCGCUUUACCCGUUGACGUUAAUAAAAACACAGAUACAAGUGCAAAGGAAAAAGGAGGCUUACAGUGGAGUCGCCGACGCUAUAUCUAAGAUAUACAAGAACGAAGGCGUACCUGGACUUUAUCGAGGCUUCUGGCUGUCUAGUUUUCAGAUAAUCUCAGGAAUUUUCUACAUUACUACGUAUGAAGGUGUGAGAUACGAACUCGGGAAAUAUGACGUCAGUCCAAAACUCAAGUCGUUCAUUGGCGGUGGUUGUGCAUCGAUAGUUGGACAGACCAUUAUAGUACCAUUUGACGUCCUUAGCCAGCAUCUUAUGGUGUUGGGUCUAGUUAAAGGGAGAGGAAAUGUUCGGAAUCCUCAAAUGAACCCUCUCGGUUUGGACCUAGAGAAGCGUAUGUCGAAAGCGGCCCUCGCCAAAGAGGUUGCGGUGCGUGUGUAUCAACUGCACGGACCUCUUGGAUACUACCGCGGGUAUACUGCUUCUUUGGCCGCUUACGUACCUAACUCCGCACUAUGGUGGGCCUUAUACACUGCUUAUCAAGAUGAACUCCUAAAGAUUGCUCCGUCGUGGGUGUCGACGUUGCUCAUUCAGUGCGCGGCCGGUACGCUCGGCGGGUUCACGACCACUUUCCUAACGAACCCAUUGGAUAUAGUGCGCGCUAGAUUACAGGUCGAAGGUGUAGGCACAAUGAAGCAAAUAUUCAAAACACUUUGGGCAGAAGAAGGCCUAGUAGGUCUGUACUUCAAAGGUCUGUCGGCGCGGCUGCUACAGUCAGCCUGCUUCUCAUUCAGCAUCAUCCUUGGCUACGAAAGUAUCAAGAGAGUCGCGCUCAGCGACGAGUUCAAGCCCAGAGUGCGUUGGUGACGAUAAUAAAUAACUUA